UUGGCAUUUACUUUUGGAUGAGCAUCUCACGCACUCUCUCUCUCUCACCCCUCUCAUCACCCUACUCAGAUAUCUCUCUCCUUGUCACUCAAGCCAAAUCUCAACCUCCAAAAUGAGCUCUGAAACUCUAUCACGUACUUUCAGCCAAUUCUUUCGAUAGUUUCUAUAAUUAUUUGACCUCUUCAUUUUAAAUGAGCUCUGAAUUCUCCCAAAAGCUGUAAAUUUCAGUUUUUUUUUGUUUUUUUGUUUUAUAUUUUUUUAUUCAUUUGUUUCCUGAAGCUCUGCAUUGAAGCAGAAGUGAGCUAGAAAGCCCUCUCUCCAGAAUUUUGGAGUUAUUUUAUAACCGAAGCUCUGCUACAAAGCAUCAAGCACCUAUUCAUUGUCAUGGCUGUUGAUUCUGUAAUCCUCGGAAGAACUUCACUUAUAACUAGUUGCAAAUUCUCCAUAAUACUAGAAAGGAAUCACAGAGCAGUAUUCUUUCGCCGGAGCCCUAGUUUUACCCCAUUUCAUAAUCCUCCUUUGUUGAGUUUAAGAUACAGCUUUAAUAAGUGGAAACCUCGUAGAACUCAUCAAUGCACUUACAACUCCAAAUCAGGGUUUUGUUUGGGUUCUAAUGGUGAUGGAGAUGGUUCAGCAUCAAAUAUUAAAUUGAGAGAGCAUGGAACUCUAGGGUUUUGGAUUGCUUACAAGAAGAGUGCUAUUGUUGCUUUGGUGGCAAUAGUUUGUACCCUUUUCGUGGGUCAUUUCAGAAGGGUUUUUGCGGCAGAAGUUGUUUCAGAGAUGGGAUUUCCAGUAUUUGGGGGCAUCCAGGGGUCUUUUAGAAGUGGAUUUGGGCCAAAAUUGAUGCAGGUUCUCAGUGUGUUCCAAAAACAAGGGUUGCUUUUGGCUAUUUUGUUGGGUUUAUCUGCCUUUUUUUCAAUGGCUGAGACCUCGAUCACAACCUUGUGGCCAUGGAAGGUUCGUGAGUUGGCUGAGAAAGAGUCAGAGAAUGGUGUCUUCCGAAUGCUUCGUAGCGAUGUUACACGAUUCUUGACAACAAUUCUUAUUGGCACAACGAGGGGUGUGACAUCACCUACAUGGAGAUACUGUAGUGUGGUCAACAUUGGAGCAACUGCACUGGUCACUGAAGCUGCCACAACAAUUUUUGGUGAAGCUGGAAUUAGUGCUGCAACAGGAGUUAUGACUGUUGCCAUUUUGCUACUUACAGAAAUCACUCCUAAAAGUAUAGCUGUUCAUAAUGCCACUGAAGUUGCGAGAUUUGUGGUGAGGCCAGUUGCGUGGCUCUCCUGGAUCCUUUAUCCUGUGGGUAGAGUCGUCACCUUUUUGUCAAUGGGGAUUCUGAAGAUUUUGGGUCUGAAGGGUAGAAGUGAGCCAUAUGUUACUGAAGAUGAGCUGAAGUUGAUGCUACGAGGUGCAGAGUUAAGUGGGGCAAUAGAAGAAGAAGAACAGGACAUGAUUGAAAAUGUCUUAGAGAUAAAAGAUACACAUGUUCGUGAGGUGAUGACUCCCCUUGUUGAUGUAGUUGCAAUUGAUGCUAGUGCUACCCUUAUUGAUUUUCGGAACUUAUGGUUGACCCAUCAGUAUACGAGGACGCCUGUUUUUGAGGAACGCGUUGACAAUAUUGUGGGUAUAGCUUAUGCAAUGGACAUGUUGGAUGUCGAUAAGGUUGAGCUUCUUGACUCUGCAAAGGUUGGAGACAUUGCUCACAAGCCUGCCUAUUUUGUUCCUGAUUCGAUGUCUGUCUGGAAUUUGCUGAGAGAGUUCCGCAUCAGGAAGGUUCACAUGGCUGUUGUUUUAAAUGAAUACGGUGGAACUAUAGGGAUUGUAACACUGGAGGAUGUUGUGGAAGAAAUUGUUGGGGAAAUAUUUGAUGAAAAUGAUUCAAAGGAAGAGAUACAAAGGAAAACUGGCUACAUUGUGAUGCGAGCAGAUGGUGUAUAUGAUGUUGAUGCAAAUACAUCCAUUGACCAGCUAUCAGAAGAGCUAACAAUCAAACUUCCUGAGGGACAUCAAUAUGAGACAGUUUCUGGUUUUAUUUGUGAGGCAUUUGGAUGUAUUCCUAGGACCGGUGAGACUAUCAAAUUGAUACUUGAGAAAGCAGACACAAAAGAGAACAACGAGUAUCCAGAUCAGGAAAAUGAUCGCCAAGGGCACCAAGAGAAGAAUCAGACUUUUAAGCUUGAGAUAUUGGAGGGAAAUGCGAGAAAGGUGGGUGCAGUUAGAUUUGAACGUAUAAACGAGGAAGAUGUCAAACUGGAUGCUGAGUCAGUGACUCGAGUAGUUCCAAGAAUCAUGAAGAGAAAAUGGAGAGGUAACCAGGACGUGGACAAGACUGAUGCUCCAGAAAGUUUAUAUCAAAAUAAGGCUGAAGAUGGCUACACCGAUGAUCACAAUCUUAUUGCCAGGGACACUGAUGACCAUGAUAAUUACAUUAAACAGUAGCGCACUUCCUGCAUUUUUACCCCCACUAAAUUAACAAAACCAAAAAAAUUAAAAAAAAGAAAAGAAAAAAGGAGAAAAACAUGAAAGAAAAAAAGACAAAUUUAUGUAUUCUACAGAUGAAGCGAAGUAUCAACCUCUGUAUCCUCCCAUUUGUUCACUUCAA